AUGGAUUCGUCUAUAAUCGACCAGAACACCAAGGAAUCAGAUAAACGUUUAUCUGAGUUGCUUCGUUGGAAUGCAUGUUCUGCUAAGAAAAAUAGACCAUUGUCUUUUGGCCAAGUGCCUCUAUCGCAAGAGGACCCUCUACUUGCAAAAUACGAUAAAAAUGAUGCCGACUUGACCUUUCCCUCGCGAGUCAUCUCAUGA